CAGCUCCAGGCCCGCUGGCAUCGCUCUGCGGCCAGCCACCCUCCAUUGUCAGCCCUUGGGGGGCACAGCCCUGCUUGGCCACGCUGCCACCAGCCCAGGCCUGGCUCUAGGGGCUGUCCUGCAGGAGGGGGGCACACCUGGGGGGCUCAGGUGGGCAGCAGGGCUCUGAGCCCCCCCGGCAGCGGGGGGAGAUGAGCUCGCAGGAUGAGCAGUUCCCAGCAGCAGCCCCCGAGGCGGCGGGCAGCGACGAGGGCAUGACCUGGUGGUACAGGUGGCUCUGCAGGAUGGCCGGGGUCAUCGGGGGCAUGUCCUGUGCCUUUGCUGGUCUCUGGAACUGUGUCACCAUCAACCCCCUGAACAUCGCUGCCGGCGUGUGGAUGAUGCUCAACGCCUUCGUGCUGUUCCUGUGCGAGGCUCCUUUCUGCUGCCAGUUCAUCGAGUUCGCCAGCGCCGUGUCCGCCCGGGCCGACCGGCUGCGCGCCUGGCAGAAAGCGGCGUUCUACUGCGGGAUGGCCGCGUUCCCCGUGCUGCUCAGCCUGACGCUCACCACGCUCUUCGGCAACGCCAUCGCCUUCGCCACCGGGGUGCUCUACGGCCUGUCCGCCCUCGGGAAGAAGGGAGAUGCCAUUUCCUACGCCAGGAUCCACCAGCAGCAGAAGCAGAUGGAUGAAGAGAAGCUCACGGGGACCCUGGAGGGACAGGCUCUCUGAAGGACAUGGGGCAGCACCUCCUGGACACUGGGAUGGUGAAGACGUGGAAAUCCACUCUGCCCUUCCCUCUGUGCUCUCCACUCCCUGCUACCACAAUUCCCCUGGAUGCUGCAGCAGCUGGAAAUCUCAGGGGCUGGGGCAGGGGCAGGCUGUGUCCUCUCCUCACACCAGCAGCCAGACCUCAGCACGUCGCUCCUUCUCUCCUCAACCCUCAACCCAAAAUCUCACUG